AAAUUAAAAAUGUUUAUAGACUAUACUGAAAAGGUACUAAAAAUAGUAAUUAUUUAAUUGACUCAGAUCUUAAUUGACCCAGCAUCUGUAUUCUGUAACGUACCGGACUUGAAAUCUCGAAUUCAAACCAGUUAAUAAUAAUCUUCAAAAUAAGAAAGCGACAGCUGAAAAUUAAAAUUAAAAUUUCCCAAAAUAAACAGAAAAGUCCAAAAAUAACAAAUACUAACAAAAAAGAAAAGAAAAGAAAAGAAAAGAAAAGCGAGAGAUCCGUGAUGCCCAAACGAUUCGCUAUUCCACGCGUCACUGUCUGCGACUAAAACCACGCGCUUCGCUGUUUACCGACUUUUAAUCUCUUCUCAUAUCUUCCCUCUCUUGUCUCCACUAUAAAAUCUCGUGGUUCCCUUCUUCCUUUUCUGCACCGAUACUCCCUCGCUAAUUUCGAAAUUGCCACUGAUUAUUUAAAACGUACCAUCUAAACCGACUAAUUAACCAUAACCGGUUAAGCUAUGGACGGUUUACUGACCGACGAGGAGAGGCUAACUCGGAGUGACUCGGUUGGUAAGAAGCGAGUCAGAGACGAGUUGGAUGAGCUUGUUAUCAACUCGCCUGAUGUAAAGCGGUUGAGAGACGAUUUGUUCGAUGACUCGGGUCAUGACCCAGCGACUCAAGAUCUCGACUCGUUGAUGAAGAGCUUCGAGGAAGAGUUGUCGAACACGACGACGGUGCAAGACUCCGGCGAGGCUCUGCCGGAUCUCGGAUAUCUUUUCGAAGCUUCCGACGACGAACUGGGUUUGCCUCCUCCGCCACCGCCACCGUCAACGCUUCUUCCUCCGUCGUCUGAGGAAACAAAGGAGACGGAGUUGGUACGAGCGUCGUCGGGAGUCGGCGAGCCUGUUACGGGUUUUGGAUCUUUCGAGCUGGAUGAUGGGCUGUUCGAAUAUUCCGAUGUUUGUUUAGAUUCCGGUGACCUGUUUUCAUGGCGGCCGGAAACUCUACCGGCGGAGUAACAAUGUUUAUGGAGUUUUUUUAAAAGCGGGAGAUGAAACGGUGGCGUUUAAACUCGCUUAGUGAUGAUAUAAGAUCUUUAUAUUAUUGUAAGAUUUUAGGAUUAGAGAAAUCAAAGGCGUAGUGUGGGUUAAUGACUUAGAUUGGUAGUUCAUACCCGUCCUCUUUUUCCAGGAUCCGUUCUGUUGAUCUUGAAUCAUCUUCAUCCUGUGUGUUAGCUUUUGUUAAUGUUAAAACUAAACUAUUAUCAAGAGUUUAAUCCCAGAUAUUAGAAUCUGUGUAUAAAGUAAAUGUUCAUAUUGGAUCUUUUUGUUUUAUGUGUGUGACAAUGUUCAAAUUUUCAUAUCAGAAGCUAAUAUAAAGUUCACAAUUUUUCUU